CAGCCAGCCCUGCCCUGCGUGUGCUGUGGCGUGGUGACCACCACCGCGCGCGAUUCAUUUCCGCCACCUCCCUCCCCUCGUCCUCGUCCCCCGCCCGCAUUAAACGCCACCCCACGCACGCGCUCCGCGCCAUCCCCCGCACGCACCGCACCCGCCAUUCUUUAAUACCCCCGCCGCUCGCUCGAGCGCGCUUAUUGUCGACCUCUCCAGUACUCUCCCUCCUCCUCCCUGCCGCGCCGUGCCGUUUUUCCGCUGGCACCAGCGACUGCUGGCUGCUUCGUAUUGAUGAGGGUUGGUGGCGACGAGGAGGCCGGGCUAGCGUCCCGCGGCGGCGUUGGCGGCGGCGGCGGCGGCGAGGGGGUGGUGAUGAGGAGAGGGGCGGAUGUGGCGGAGGAGGGAGGUGGUGGAUGCUCGACGUCUCGCGGUGAUCCGGCUUUGCCAAGCUUCGUGCGAUUGGGUGGUGGACCGGGCACAGAUCUGGAGCCUCGUGGGCUGCCCACCACCUCCUCCUCUUCCGACGGUUCACCAGCUUCUACAGGGUCAGGUGAGGACGACCACAACGACGGGGCACUUGGAGGGGCGAAGGGAGAGAGGUGGAUACAGCGCCCCGGGCUGAACAAGAAUCCAGUCCUCCGUUCUACUGGAGAAUGCCAAGCCCAGCGGCAUCCAUUGGGGGCUGUUCUUUUCCAAGGUAGAAAGGACCGGAAGCAGCGCCCAGUGUCGCUUGAUUUUGGCUGUCCGGGUGUUGACAGAUCCUCGACGCAUUCCCCGGGUUUCUUUGUCAGUGGUGUGGGGGUGAUGAACAAGGGAUUGGGUGUGUCACCACAGAAUAGAUCAGGGGUGUUAACUAGCCCAGGGACACCAGGCUACAGCCGGCGUGGCACGACGGUUGUUGGGUACCAGCAGGGGUGGAGUUCUGAGAGAGUGCCCCUGCCUUCAGACGGUCACAGAAGGCAUCCGGGUAGCAGUAUCGCAUUGCCUUACAACAAUGGGAGAGUAUUGCCCUCGAAAUGGGAAGACGCUGAGAGGUGGAUCUUCAGUCCGAAUCCCAGCGAUGUACCUGGGAGGACUUCAAUGCUACAACCUCGACGACCAAAGUCCAAAAGUGGACCACUUGGACCUCCUGGAAGAUUUGGUGCACCGUACUCGUCUGUUUCAUCAUCGGCUUCAUUACUUGACAGCGUGGGAGUUGGAAGUCAAGCGAUUAACACACCUUUCUUGUCUGGGGUCUUGUUACCAGAGCAUGUUUGUGGGGGCAGUAGCCACACUGGAAUUGAUAUAGGAGGAGCAUCUGGCGAGGAUAGCAGCAAUGGCCGUGGUGGCAGGUCAGUGAAUGGUGGCCAUUCAGCUGUCUGGUCUACCGGGGUUCGCCAUCUGUUGUACAGUUCAGUUCAGUCAUCUCAAUCAUUGUCUUCUUCUGAGGAAUUUAGUCAAGAUGAACAGGUUGAAGUUACAAAAGACUUGGCCACUAGCAAUACCCCUGUAAUUUCGAGGAAGGAUGUGGCAACGCAAACUAGCCCUGACCUUAGCAGAUCCUCUUCUCCCAACAUGAGGCCCUCCUUUUCUCGUUCACUAUCAGUACAACAAGUCAAGGAGCUGGAGAGCUGUUUCUCUAAGCUUGAAAUCAAAGAUGUAGAGAUGGAUGAUCGAGUGACUCUGACCAGGUGGUCCAAGAAACAUGUUUCACGGAGCUCUGACAAGAACUCAACAAAUAUCAUAGAGUGGAAGAGAAAGACAAUGGAAUCUAAAUCUUCAACCUGGGAAUUAACAGAAACUGCAAAGUGUAUUGCAAAGAUUGAGGGGGAGGAAGCAAAAAUGACUGCUUGGGAGAAUAUGCAGAAAGCAAAAGCAGAGGCGGCAAUACAGAAGCUUGUGAUCAAACUUGAAAAGAAACGAUCAUACUCGCUGGAGAGGAUUUUCAACACCUUCAGGUCAGCUCAUAGGAAAACACAAGUGGUGGGCAGUACAACAACCGCAAAUCAUGACCAGCAGAUCUCCAGGAGUGUCAAAAGGACAUCACACCUCAGCAAGAAUGGCCAAAUGAGUUCGCUGAGUGGAUGUUUCACUUGCCAUGCUUUCUAGUGCGGUAGUUAAAUAAUCAAGUAAGAUUUCAAAAUUUAUUGUUGAUAGAUUGCAUAUGAUUGGCAGCAAUAAUUACUCAAAGUUAUCUUCUUGAUAUGUUGUUCAUAGAUACGGAGUAGCAUAUCUUCAAGUUCAUAAUAUGAGUCAUGACCUCCAAAAGUAAACUAAAGCUGUUUGUACUUCAUGCGUUAGUUUACUGGUAACAACAAGAAACAGCGAUCAUAGAAUUUAGCAGCAAAUCUGAUUUUUAUUAUUUUGGGCUGAACCUUCAUACAGACCUAGCGGUACUUUUACUCUCUUUGUUGCACUUAACCUGCAUAAAAUUGCAACAAAUGCUUGCCAAACUUUACAAAGUGAUCUGAAGUAUUUCUUCUCUUACAGUUGAAAUUUCUUAAGAGGUACACACACCAACUUACAGAAUUAAUCGAUUUAUAGCCAUGUACCUUUGAUCUAUGUGUGCUUAACUCGUAAAGACUGCACUGUUUUCAGGCACUAUUAUUAUUGAAACUAAAGGGUGGAAAUCAGAGGUGAGUUUGUACAGAACUAUGGACAAUCGCCAAGUACGAACGGACUGGAUCCUUCGAAGUUUUCAACCAAUGGUCUGUCUGCAACGGGGGUCAUAUUCUCGCAUUUCAUUUGGUGUUAAUUCUGCCAGGGAAACAACAUAAAGUAGAAGCAGAAGGAAUGCAACCCUUGUGAAUGGUGAUUUACUGUUAUCUCAGCGCAUAUAGUAAUAAGAUCCCUUUCUGCUUAUGGUCUUUGAGGUGCCUUUGGUGACUCUUUUAUAAAUUAGAAACUACAGAACUUCGCAUGGCAUUCCAGUCCGAGUGCAAGGGUUGUCACUAGAACAGUGUUUCCCGUCAAAAAACUAGAACACAGUGUUCUCUUGUGCUUAACCCCAAACGCCGUCUGGAUCAUGAGAUGAUGUAUAAAGAAACCUUGCAUGUUUUUAUUUUAUUUGGCACAUCGAGCAUGUUCCUACAAUCCUACUGCUGUUGAUAAUAUCAGCGAUUUUAUCCUUUGAUAACUUUGUAACUGCCACUAAAUAUUUCACUCGUCUAUAGGGACUGCUUGUUAUACUCA